GACGCAGGUGCCUGGGCUGCACCCCGCGCGGCGCCCUAACCCACCCAGCGUGCGCUUGCAGUUAAUAAAAAGGCGCUUCGGAAACCGCACGCGUGUGACGGCGAACGGGGCGCGUGCCAUUCUGCACAUCCUCCCUCCCUCCGGGGCCCUGGGAAGGAAGGAAUUUCUAGCUCGCUUGGCCCCGGGCUCCCUUCUGCGCCUCAGCAGCCCUGGCUCAGGCUUCACAUUUGGGCAGAGCCCAGCAGGGUCUGGGAAGGGGCAGAGGACAGCGAGGGCACCAGGGGGCACCAGGGUCCCGGCUUGCCCCAGUGACACAUUGUUACCACCCACAAGGCGCUGACACUGCCCCCUUUCCUCCUGGGUCGAAGUGCCGCCAGCAGCCGCUUGGAGAACCCUGCGCCCCGCAGUUUAGAAGAUGGGGCUCUAUCCGCACGGGCCAUUGCCUGAGCUCAAAUCCUGCUACCCCUGAAAGCUGUGCAACCGUACAUCGAUGAUUUAGCCUCUCUGUGCCCAUGUUGCUUCGCUUAGCUCACGGGGGUUGGGGUUCGUUUGAGAGAUAUGAGAUAGUUAUGAUUUUUAUGUGAGAUAUAUAACCGGCAUGGAAACACUGUGGGAUGCUAGAUGACUGGAGUUCUGUAGGCGCGUGGCGCCAUGAGAAGACUGUGCGGUUCCCUGGUACAGAUGCCCGUGUAUCAUGGAAACCUUGUGUAGGAUCGGGAAUCCGUACAAAGGGGCGAUCCCUCACCGGGCUGGCCUCUGGUCUGGGUGUCUGAGACUCCCUGUACUGUCCCCAGGAAGGCUGCGCCCGAGAGCGUGCUGGGAGCUGACUGAGCAGGGCAGGCGCAGGGUUAUCCCUUUUUCCCCUUAAAGUCUUCAGGCCCUGAACGUCAUUCUGCGGAAAAGUUUGAUCCUGAAUCUCCGAGGACUUGGAUUCCAGCAUAGCUUUGUGUUGAAGGUCGCCCAGGCAGUUUUCAGCCUUAGAGCGAGGACAAGCAGCUGCAGGCAGCCUCUGGGCACGCUGAUGCCGCGUCCCCCUUUAGGGAAGCCUGGUGACACGUCCACGGAGGGAGCAGGAUUUAUGCGUAGGACUGGAUCUGAAACAGCUUGAACAGGUCAGAGAGCAGGGCUGCCUGAGUCCACCCCCUUCCCUCCCCACCCCCUCUUCUCUCCCCGGGCUUCCCCACAGCGGGUUAUCAGCACUCUGGAGUUUGUGGGAAAUGAGAGCUGGCAACAGGCUCACCAGCUACUGAGCCGGCCCCUGCAGCACAGCGGCCCCAAGACCUUCACUGUGUGACAGCACGAGUGGUCACUUGGAGUUAACUAACAGCAUGCGCUCCCACCUCUCUACUUUGGAAAAUGCAUGGAAGGCAGAGUGAUGGUGUCAAAGUCCCUGCUCUGCCCCUCCCCACGUGGAUGACCUGGUGCAGGAAAGUCCACAGGCCAGAGUCACAGUUUGUAAAGAGAAGAGGACAACGGGACCCCCCCCCCCCCCCCCCGAGGGCUGCUGAGCUCAUUUCCACCCCAGCAGGCUGAAAGGCAAACUCCUUUGUUUUGCUCCCUGUCCUCCCAGUGCCUACAACAGUGUGGGUGGUUAAUGAGGAUUUGUUGAAUGAAUAACUAAAUGGAAUUUGGAGAAUAUGUUGAUUGGGAAAUGUAGGUAUGUAGUCCUCUUGAGAACCCUAUUCCUAUUGGAAAUUAAGCAUUUAUUAACAUUUAUUGUGUCCCUUUUUUUUUGUGCCAGGUACUCCACACACAUCAUCACAUGAAUUUCUCAAAACGACCUAGGUACAGAAAAUAGCAAUUCCAUUUCACACAUGAGGACACCAAAGCCACACUAAGUGGCAGAAACAGGAUCUGAACCUACGCCCAUGAAUCUCAUGGUGGACGUUCCUGGACAUGGAAAGGUGGUGGUGGAUAUCGCGUAUGGUGGUGCAUUUUAUGCGUUGGUCAGUGCUGAAAAGUUAGGACUUGACGUGUGUUCUGCAAAGACAAGGGUGCUUGUGGACGCAGCAAGUGCAGUGACCCAAGCAGUGAAAGCUCAGUUUAAAAUUCACCACCCUGACAGUGAGGACCUUGCCUUCCUGUAUGGAACUAUAUUAACAGAUGGAAAAGAUGCUUACACCGAGGACCCAACCACCAACCUCUGUGUGUUUGCAGAUGAACAGGUUGACAGGAGCCCUACUGGCUCGGGAGUGACAGCCCGGAUUGCUCUGCAGUAUCAUAAAGGACUUCUGGGACUGAACCAAACCAGAGCCUUCAAAAGCAGUGCGACCGGCUCCGUGUUCACAGGGAGUGCCGUGCGGGAAGCCACGUGUGGAGACUUCAAAGCCGUUAUAGUGGAAGUAUCCGGACAAGCCCACUACACGGGGACUGCAAGCCUUAUAAUAGAAGAAGAUGACCCACUGAGGGAUGGCUUUCUUCUCAAGUGACUUCUUCCAUGACACUUCAGGGCUUUCUUUUAAAAGUAAUUGUUGUAGCAUGUUCUCUAAAUUACAACGAUUCUUCAAGAGGUUUGUGGAAAAUGGAAUUAAAAUACAAGUUCUGAAAUCCAGCAUGAGGGGUCUUCAAAAAGUUCACAAAAAUACAUAUUGUGAAAAAGCUAUGCCUUGUUUUGAAAAUUUUUGUAUCAAAUAAACGUCUUUUUUCCAUUUCCCACAAACUUAUUAAAGAACCCUUAUAUGUGAAACCAAUGUCCAAAUGAUAUACCUGUUAAUUUCCAUUCUUUCUAAAAUAGUACACCUUGCCUAAAUAUGGUCAUUAUCUUCCUGUUUGCAAACAUAUAGCAGCAUAAACAUUGCUUAUAUCUAGCAUACAAAAUGCCAACAAUUCAGAAUACUUUCCUAAUUAAUAUAUCAGAUAAAGCCUGUUACUUUUAAAAUAUUA